GUUAAAAGCUUGUGUCCCACCUAGAAAGGUUAAAGCAUUCAGUGUCGCAUGACUGCAGUCGUCUAUGUUUAGGAUUUUGUAUGAUCGUGUCAGGUGAAGUACUGUAAUCUCCUUUUGACCAGUUGAGAGUCCUAGAUGAAAGGAUUUCAUUCAGAAAAUGGAGGCAAACAAGCUCAAAAGAGAUGUUGAGGCCCUUAUAGACAACUACAUUGGACAGAAACUUAGGGAAGACGCCUUUGAUCCGAAGGGCAAGGGAACUUUCACAGCGCUGGAUGACUUGGCUCACUAUGAUCUUGCAAUCAGUGUUGCCCUUUGGUGGCUGGAGAAGAAGGAAGGACGACAUGUGCUCGACAGAGAGAUCAUUGGAGCAACAUGCAGUUUAGGAAGUGCCCAGUAUCCUAAUCGCUUAGAGCGGGAGGCUAUGAUCUUGUCAUCCUUUGCUGGGAUUAUUAUGAGUAGCCUGCCAGUGGAGGAAAUCUUGACUCUGUACAGGUGUAAACCAGCCGCUUCAUACCCCAACCAGAAGUCCAAGGGCUCAAUUGUCUAUCCCAUCACUCUGUCCUAUCAUCCGUUUGCAAUACUUGGAUCCUACAAGGCCGUGUACCACUCCAAGAAACACAAUCAGAAGCUGAAACGAUGGCUGUCCGGGCAGACAAAGGCAAGUGCUCCACCGAAGCAAGUUUCAUCUUCGUUUUCCACUUCAUCUCAGUCCUUCAUCAGUGAAAGCAGUGAUGUUCACCAGGAAAGGACUGAGCACUAUGAAAGCUCGCAAGAGUCUCUGCACAACUGACGUCAACCUCCAGCAGCUGCCAGAAGUAGAGACAUUGAGCUGGAGCAAUAAUACUAACAUGAAAUGGUAAAACUGCUCAGUUGAAUGUUAACGUACUCAACUAAAAAUGUCACUUAAACUCAAAAAUGCACUUGAAGUACUCAGAAAUAAAAGAGAC